GCAAACUCAGAAAGAAGUGGCUAUUUAGUUAGUUAGGACUUCACCCCAAGUACCCGCCAAAAAUGAUAGUAACAUCUUCUUCCAUUAAAACCCCUCCUCCUCCUCAUCCUCCAAAUCCAUGGGCAGCAUCUCAAAACCCUAACAAUUCAUUCCUUCCCAUCAACCGUCGCAGCCUUCUGGCUGCGCUCACCAUCUCCACCACCACAACCCCUUUUGCACACACUUUUCUCAACCCCAUGUCAGCACAAGAAGUAGCCUUUGCUCGUGGCCUCUUCCAGAUGCCCCCAGUUAGGCUCACUAACCGGUAUUUUCUGGUGAGGGCUGGGGAGUCUGAAUAUGAGAGCAUUGGAGUAAUUAAUACCAACCCAGUUGCGAAAACUUCUGUUGAUAACGGUUUGUCAGAGAAGGGGAAGAAGCAGGCUGUGAGGUCAGCUUUCGAUUUGAAGGAAAUGGGAGCUUGUGAUAAGAACUGUUGGAUAUGGCCUUCUAUUACUCAGAGAGCUUACCAGGCUGCAGAGAUCAUUGCAUCGGUUAAUGGGGUCAGUCGAAGUUAUAUUGUCCCAGAGUACAGCUUUCUCGAUGCCAGAGGAUUGGGAGCUUAUGAAGGAAAGAACCUGGAAGCUGUUUCAGAAGUAUAUGCAUCAGAUACUCUUUCUCCAACAAUCAAGCCUCCUCCUAUUGACGACGGAACCCCAAACGAGAGUGUUUCAGAUGUCUUUGUUCGGGUAAUACAACUCAUGUCCAUACUUGAGACUCAGUACUCUGAAGACACAGUGAUUAUUGUCUCACCAGAUUCAGACAAUUUGACAAUCCUACAAGCUGGUAUAAUUGGACUUGACUUGCGCAGGCACAGGGAGCUUUCUUUUGCACCUGGAGAAGUCAGAUUUGUUGAUACCAAUAGCGUACCUACUUACAAGCAACCUGCUUCAGCUGUAUAUAAAUGUCUAAAACCACCAAAUUGUAACUGAUAUUACUUCCUUGUUAAAUUUUAUAAAGACUAGUGGAAUUGAUAGAUGUGCAAAUUAUCUCCCCUUCUCUUGGUUGUUUAUAAACACCAUCAAAUUGUCAUCUGUGUGCCCAUUUAAUCUGAAUGUUAAUGCUCCUUACAAU